AUGCCCUCCAGUCCGCCCUCCUCCCCACGCCCCCCGCCCCCAACCGCCCACCGGCCGACCCCAACGGCAGGCUACCGGACCCUCGCCUACCCCCCCCCCGUCCCCUACGGUCCCCCCCUCCCCGGCUCCCCACCCCCUAACCCCCCCCGCUGCACGGCCGACCCCCGUUGCGCCUCCCACCCUCCCCCCACGACCCUCUUCCUCGCAACUCCCCCAGGCCCUUCCGCCCCCCCACCCUUCACCCCGACCACCUCCCCCCCCCCACCCCCCGCACAGCACUACCCGACGCCAACCCCCCCACCUCCGUCGUCCUCUCCUUCGCCGCCGCUCACCCCCCCAAUUCCCAACCCCCACCGCACCCCCCCACACACACCCCAAUCACUACACCAACCCCCCCACCCUACCCCUCCCACCCGCUCUCAACACUCCCCCGCCGCCCCCCCCCACCCCCCCGCCCCCCCCCCACACACACCUUCGCCUCACACCCCCCCACAACCUCACCCAUCCCGCCCCACACUCGCUGACACCCCCCCCCCCGCCCCCCCCCCCCCCAAUCCACCCUCCGCCCACCCACCCUACCCCCCUCCCCCUCCCCCUCAGCCUCCCCCCCCCUCCCCCACCCAAACCACUCACCCGCUCCACACCCCCCAACCUACCGACCCCCCCCCUCCCUCGUCCCCCCCCCCUCCACCCAUCUCCCUCGCCCCCCCCCCCCCGCCCCCUCCCCCCCCCCUAUCGCCCUACCCCCCCGUCGCCCCCCCCCCUCCCCCCUCGAUUACGCACCCCGACCACCCCCCUAGAUCCCUCACCCCUAUCAUACCCUCCACCUCCCCCCCCUCCCCCCCUCCCGCCGCCCUACCCCCACCCGUACCUCCCACCUCCGCCCUCCCCGCCCCCUGCCCCCGGCCCCUUUCCCUUCUCCCCCACCACCACCCUCCGCCCCCGCCCCCGUACUCCCCCCCUCCUCGACCUCCCCUCAACUCCCACCACCCUUACAACCCCCCACCCCCCCCCCCACCCCGGCCUCCCCACUACCACCAACCCCCCUCCCCACAGGCCUAUCCGCUCCCACCUCGUAGUAGCCUACCCUCCGCCCGCCCACCCCCCCCCAAUCCGCCCCCCACCUCCCCCCCCCAACCCACUCCUCACGUCUCCCCCCGCCUCGGGCCCCCCCCUCUCCCCCUCCCUCGGCCCCACCCCGCUGCAUGCACCCCAACCCACCCUUCGCUACCCCCCUCUCGCCCCCCCCCUCAAACCGCCCCUUCUCCCGGCCUCCGCACCCCCCUUCACCCCCCCCCGCCCCCCCCCCCGCGCCCCCCCUUCCCCCUCCUCCCCCCAUCCCCCACCCCCGCCCCCCCAAUUACCCCCCCACCACCCCACCCACCCCCUCCACCUCCCUCCUCCCCUCCGCCUCCCUCCUCCACACCCACCCCCCCCCCCACCCCCCCGCCCUAG